AUGUCUUCAGGUUGGAAGAUUCCCCACAAGUCAAAUGCAGUGCCUGAGAUCGCAGAGAAAAUCGUUGGAAGUAAACACUUUCGAUACCUUGUGGAAGAGCCAAAGAUCAAGCAAAAUGAGAACCUGAAGGCAGAAACUCAAGCAGCACUCCAGAAACCCAUGCAUGAUAAUAUAAAGCAGAUGAACAAGGAGGGACCCACCAGUCCGCUGACCCCCCUUGACCAGCAAGCCAUUGAUAACCCAGAUGACAUGGAAGAGGGAAACCAGAAACCAGAAAGCCACCAGAAACACCUAACAGGAACAUGCAGUUGCAGAUCCCUGGAUAACAAAAGUCUCAGUCAGGCAAAUGCCCAUUGCUGCUCUGUACCAACUGGAGACUAGUCCCUGUCCUAUAUUCAUGGCCUCCCCAGGAGAAAGCCUAGAGACUGGUCCUUGGAACAGAUGGCAAGCAGUGGCUCUAACCAACCUGAGGAUAUGAUCCAGAGGCCAAAUGGAAUGACCAGAGAAGAUUCUUUUCUUCUUUCCCUGAUCAGAAGAGAACUCAAGUUAUACCCUUUGAGCGCCAGCUUGUUAGACAAGCUUCAAAAAGAAAUGAAGACCCUAGAUACCCUCCCUUCAGGGUUUCUCCUCCAAUCUCAGCUGAGUUUCCUCUUCCUGAGACACCAAGUCCCUCUGCAGUUACUGACAGUCAAGCUCCUUUGCCAGCAGUUUUCUAAGAGGGGCUCUCCUGAAAUGGUGAAUUAUGGAAAGCUACUCUGUUUUUUAAAAGGUGCAGCUUCAGAUGACUUAUAUGCCCAGCAAUCUGAAGCAAAUAAGAGCCUGCUGGAGAGUUGGAAGAUGGCACUGAGGACAGCUAUUGGCAGACUCAACAGAGAGAACCUCAACCUGAGUUUUCGAAAAGAAGAUCGUUCAUUCUCUGGCUGCCUCCCUUACCCAAGGAUCAUGGCUAUAUGUGGGAAGCACAGAUUAUAUAUAACCUUGAGCCUGCUGGAAACAUUGUUUAACCACCAAGAUUUGAGUUACCAUGGUGAAAUAAAGUAA